GACGUAGGAUUGGAAUGAGGGAGUGAAUGUUCCGGGUCAGAAUCUGGACGCGAGAGGAAUUAAAGUCUGGGAAGAAGGACGCCAAAUAAAACGACAAUGCUUCUGUUCUUUCAAGAGCUGUAGGCCGGCUUGCGCGCAGGUAGUAACAGCGGAGACGUCCACGUCGGUCGCGGUGCUAUGAGAGGCGGGCGCCUUCAAACUAAGCAAAGUGACGACGGAGAGUGAUUCCCAUGUUGGCCGCCACCUAACACUCGGUACCUCGGACUUGUUUACGGCUGGAACCACCUGCUCGUUUAGCUUCGCCGGUGUUUUAAUCCCGGGGCUCCGUGGCAAUCUGUUGCAUUCCGUUCUCGGCUCGGACUGUUCGUUCGUCACCCUGCCCGGGCAUUCAGCCGCACCUCCCCCGUCAUGUUUCAUUGUAUCCCCCUGUGGCGGUGCAACCGUCAUGUGGAGAUGAUCGAUAGACGCCACUGCUCGCUGCUCUUCGUGCCGGAUGACAUUUACCGCUACGGACGGAGUUUGGAGGAGCUUUUACUGGACGCCAACCAACUUCGAGACCUGCCUAAGCCAUUUUUCCAGCUAACAAAGCUAAGAAAACUUAGCCUGAGUGACAAUGAGAUCCAGAGAAUUCCGCCAGAAAUAGCUAACUUUGUGCAGCUGGUUGAGCUAGAUGUCUCUAGAAAUGAUAUUAUGGAAAUCCCGGAGACCAUUGCAUAUUGCAAAACCCUCCAAGUGGCAGACUUCAGUGGAAAUCCAUUAACAAGGCUACCUGAAAGUUUUCCAGAGCUGCGGAAUCUAACAUGCCUUUCCAUCAAUGACAUCUCAUUGCAAGUCCUACCAGAUAACAUUGGAAACCUCUCCAAUUUGGUAUCACUAGAACUCCGAGAAAAUCUGUUGACAUUCUUACCCGACUCGUUAUCCCUCCUGCACCGACUGGAAGAACUCGACUUAGGCAAUAAUGAAUUAUAUAGUUUGCCAGAUACAAUAGGCUGUCUUGUCAGUUUAAAAGACUUGUGGUUGGAUGGAAACCAGUUGGCUGAAAUACCCGCGGAGAUGGGCAGCAUGAAGAGCCUGUUGUGUCUGGAUGUGUCUGAAAACAAACUGGAACACCUUCCAAUGGAGCUUGGAGGCUUGUUGGCCCUCACUGACCUGCUGGUAUCUCAGAAUCUGAUUGAGGCUUUACCAGAAAGUAUUGGAAAACUACGCAAUCUGUCGAUACUGAAAGCUGAUCAGAACAGGCUUUCACACCUGCCAGAGAGCAUCGGGAACUGUGAAAGUCUUACUGAACUUGUGCUAACAGAAAAUCAGAUACAGGGUUUACCAAGAAGUGUAGGCAAAUUGAAACGUCUCUCUAACUUCAACUGUGACAGAAACCAGCUAACAUCUUUACCCAAAGAGAUUGGGGGAUGUAGCAGCCUGAAUGUCUUCUGUGUGCGAGAGAAUCGGCUGACGAGGAUACCGUCGGAGCUGUCACAAGCCACAGAGCUGCACGUGCUGGACGUUUCUGGAAAUAGGCUGGCCCACUUACCCUUGUCUCUGACAAUGCUUCGCCUGAAGGCUUUAUGGCUCUCAGAAAACCAAUCACAGCCCCUCCUCACCUUUCAGACCGACGAGGAUCCUGACUCAGGGGAAAAGGUUCUCACCUGUGUGCUGCUGCCUCAACAACCUUUUGAAUCAGACAAAGGCUCAGAUAAUCUGGCCCGCUUCGGAGCCCUGGAGAGCCUGGUGAAUGACAUGGCAGAUGACACGUGGGAUAACAAAGCCAUGAACAGGAUCAGCGCUAUUCACUUCCUGGAUGAUGACGAGGAGGAUGAUGAAAAGGGAACACUACUCCGCCGCGCCACGCCCCACCCGGGUGAGCUAAAAACUAUGAAGAAAGCGGCAGAGAAUCUCCGCAACGACAUGAAUGCCGCCAAAGGCCUGGACUCCAACAAAAACGAGGUCAAUAACGCCGCAGGCAAUGUCACCACAUCAGUGUGACCUUUGCUUUCUUUUUUUUUUUUUUUUUCCUCGACAUAUGUUUUUUGUUUUUAAACCUCCUUUUGUCUUGCCACGUUGUCCUGCACAAUCCCAUUUUUUCGGAAACCCUAUAAACCCACAGUGUGGCCUUCCUGUCCUGUGAUUGAACCCUGGAACACCCGUAAACUUAAUCCUCCUCCCUCCUACCAGGGCUGCUGUGCCUUCCUAUUUUUCAAUCACAGCAAUCAUCCUCAAGAUACUCAUUUUAAAUGUUUUUUUUUUUUUAACCUUUAGUUGACCUUUUUUUUUUUUAAAAACAAACAAAAAAAACACACAGUAGGUAGUUGCACUAUUACUAUAAAUCUCUCAAAUACAGUGAAACCUUUUUAAAUGUUGUAUAUUAUCUAUUUUUUAAACACUGGGUGAAUUACUGGGCAUAUAUAAAGGCGGGAGGUUUUGGAUCUACUGAUUUAAGGAUUGUUAUACAGUCUCUUGUGAAUACUUUUAUACUUUUUGGCAGCUCCGAUGUAAAUAUAAAUGUAUAGCAAAUUUGAAAAUAUAUAUAUAUAUCUUUCCGUUUUGAACUUGGUACUUCUUUCCUUAAAAAUAU